AUGACUCGUUAUUAUGUCCCUGAUGAAAGUGACAACUUGAUUACUUGGAUGAAAGAUGGAAGUGAGGUUCUUACAUCAUUUGGUGGGCAGACUCAGAUCAGCUUCCCAAACCCAAUCCAGACAUCAGACCAAGGAAUCUAUGAGAUCUACUAUAAUAACGAGAGGAAUCAAAGUAGAGGAGGACUAUACAGACUCAUCGUGAGAGAAUGCCCUGCUGGUAAGUGGGGCCCUCCUGAGUGUUAUGGUAUCUGUGAUAAAUGCUACAAUGGUGGAGUCUGUGAUGACAAGUCUGGUCUAUGUAUCUGUCCUAACAACUUCAAGGGACCGAAUUGUUCAGAAAUAUGUACUGCAGGUACAUAUGGUGCAGGAUGUUCACAGACAUGUCACUGUGCAGGCGGUGGUUCAUCAUGUGAUAGGUAUAGUGGAAUAUGUACAGGUGGAUGUCAGACUGGCUGGUCCGGGGAUAACUGUCAAAUUCCAGAUGAAUGUGAAGACGGUUACUACGGAUCUCAAUGCACUGAUAAAUGUCAUUGUUUGAAUGAUGAACCAUGUGGUAAAGAUACUGGAGAGUGCCUGGAGCAGAAGUGUGCUCUAGGAUACAAAGUACGCAGUGGCCAGGUCAAUUGUCAAGAGUGUGAAGGGGGUACCUUUGGUUUGGAUUGUCUUCAGCAAUGUCAUUGUGCUUCAGAGGCUUGCGAGACGGAGAGGGGUCUUUGCAAGGGACAAUGCCUAGAGAGCUGGAUUGGACCGUACUGUCAAAGAAUAUCAAGAUUGGUUCCAGUGAGAGUGAACCCAUACCAACCCUCUAGCUUCACAUGUUAUGUUGAGGGUAUCCCACUUCCCGAUGCAUCCUCAGUUGAUCUUUACAGACGUACCGAAGACACCAAUAACAGGACAGGAAUCACCAGGAUAUCAAGCACUGUCUCAGGGUCAGAACGAGCUGUUGUCUUUGAUGUUGAUAGUGUGUAUACACAGGAAUAUGGGGAAUACGUUUGCAUUCUUACCGUUGAAAAUGUAGGCUAUCCCAGUACGCCCGUUACCAACGCAACCUAUGUUCUGCCAGUCAUUGAGAAAGCACCAGUGAUAGUGAGCACCACCUCAACUACAGUAGGUCUUCGAUGGCAUGCAUGGUCUGGAGAAGAUGACAUAGGUGAUCCUCCUCUGGUAGGAUAUGAUGUCUUUGUAGAGGAGGAUGGUGAAGUGGUAACGGAUCAGAGAGUAGAUCAACCCACAACAUCAGCCAUCGUUAGUAACCUGACACCAGACACAGAUUACAUGUUUCGUGUAGCAGCAGUGAGGGAAGGAACCGGUGGAACAGGACCUGUGUCUCCUAGUAGCGAAGCAAUAACUCGCUGUAGAAGUGGCUCUCCCAGUGCAUCAGUUGGACUGAUAAUAUGGGGUUCCAUGGCUUCCCUCAUUAAUAUCAUCCUGGUCAUUAUUCUCAUUCUCGUCAUCUUUAGAAGGAAAAAACAAAGGCGUUUAACGGCCGAACCGUCGCCACCAGACAAUGCACGUGAGACCUCAUCUAAGCAUGAGAAUCAUGCAUUUGACAACUCCAACCAAGACCCCAAUAUUUACGAAGACCUUAAUACUGAUACCGACCCCCAUACCUAUCAAUGUCUAAAGAAACCCACCAUCAACAUACCCUAUCCAGAUAGCACAAAAUCAGAUCUGGAAGACACUUACGAAGAUAUGUGUAUAUACGUGUAGAUAAUAAAAACUAUUUUGUUGUAAGAUUAUGUAAAGACUAUUAUAUUAUUCAGUAUUUAGGUCUUUUACCCACAGUUGUCGAAACAAAAUCAGUUUUAUUUCUUUACACGUUUGCCACUCGUGCGAUUGUGCGCAAAACAAUAGGCAUUAUUUGACGGAGGGAUUGCUUUGUGCAACGCAGUGACUUUGAAAAAUUAUAUAAUGUUGGUCAUCAAGCCUCCAUGAUAACCCUUCUAACACGGGUACAGAUUAAUGUUUAUAAACUGGACAGUAGGUCCUUGGUAAUACAGUAAUUUCCAGGUCGUACUCGGCAUGAUAUAUUAUAAUAAGAUAUGUGUCCUCGAAAAUGUAGUAACAUACUGAUGCAUCUUUUGCUAUAUCACUACAGGUAUAGACUCUUCAGAUUGACUGAAUCGGUAAUGUCAGUAUGGUGUAGUGGCGGACACCUUUUCUCUUUGUUCCAAAACACAAAAUGACUAAAAUUCAAAUUUUUCAAAAAACUAUGCCGCAGGAGGGUCUGUUCUCUUUAGAGGACAUAUUGCUAUCCACAAUAUGUAUUCAAUCAGUGCCCCAAGGGAGAAGGCACUUAGUUGAAGUUUCGUAUAAAUGCAAUAGUGUAGGCCGGAAAGAAAUAUAUGCACUGAAUUAUAUAACUAUUAAAUAAGAGGUAGUUGUAGUUUUCUAUAAAUGCAAUAGUGUAGGCAUAAAUAAU